AUGAGUAGUCAUCAUGAUGAGGCUAACAAUCACGAAUUGCAGGAAAAUCGUUCGGUGAAUGGAGCACUUGGUGAUGAUAUGACUCACCAUCACGAUCCUGUUUUAUCUUCUUCAACAGAUGGUGGUGAUGAGCAUCAUUCUUCAUUAUUAGGAAACGAUUCUUUAAAUAAUCGAGUUGUGGAUGAUGACAAUCCUGUACAGCCGAAUGUGUUGACCACUAAUAAUAAUAAUCAGAAUUUAAAUGUUUCUAGAAAUGAUUUUUUAAUGCAGAGUUUGGGUGGACAAAAUUUGUCAAGUUUAUUAGCACAAUUUCAAAACAAUCAAACCAAUCAAAAUAAUAGUAAUAAUCAAGGAGGAGAUGCAACUCAAAAUAACAAUACAAAUACUCAACCAACUACUGGAAGAAGACUGGAGAUCAAUUUUAGAGAUUUGGCAUUUUUCGCGUUUAGAAUUCUGCCACUGGUUGUGUUACCACUUGCCUUGUUAAUGUAUUGGCACUAUACUGGCGUGUUGAUCUCAAUUUGGGUUAUUAUUACAACCAUUAGCUCAGAUGUCAAACUCAAGGAACAAGUGAGCUUGAAAACUGCAAGAAAAAUUUUCAUUCUUUUAUUGAAUGGCUUUAUUCUUGCAGUAUCAAUUGGAGUGAUGUUUUUAUUCUUCUCUCAAUAUCAAAUUUGGAAUUUUAUGGCAUAUUCAACAACUAUUAUUGAUGAAAAGGACGUUUUAGUUACCUUUCUUGAUUGUUUAUUCUUUGUUUUUGUUGUAGAUACUAUUGUAAAAUUUACUGGCAUGCUUUUAAAGCAUUUAAUAGUGGUGAUAUUACCUUCAUUUGUAAAGCCAAUUCAAGUUGGAAGAAUUUUGGCCAUAGUAGAGGUAUUCACACAAUUGUAUAGAAUUUCCCUUCCUCCUAAUAUUUGGGUUAGAUAUUUAUUAGGCUCAUAUAAUCAAAUAUUUGCAAUCAUUGUUCUUGUAAUUUAUGGAAUAUUCAAGGUUGGAGGAGCCAUCUCAUUGGUGUUUGACUUGAUCAUUACUUGUAAGAAUCUCUUUUCACCUACCUGCCCAUUUGGAAGGCCAGUUUCAGCUUCUGAAUUGACCGAGUUGGGCGAAGCUGAAUGUAGUAUUUGUUUGCAGCCAUUUAAUAGACCUGUUAAAUUGGGUUGUAACCACAUUUACUGUGAACAAUGCAUCACUGAAUGGGCUAGCUCUGGAAAUCAGACUGCUACUCAAUGUCCUGUAUGCAGAACAGCAAUCAGUGGUGUGCCUUCCUCUUCAAAAUUUGAAAAAGGUGGAACUGCUCUUUUUUGUGUAAUGUAAUAAUUAUUUAUUCUUUGUGUAUAAUUGAAUAAAUUCUGAAAUAGCUUCUGU